CCGGCUGGGGACUCCUUCGCGCGCCCGCAGGGGGCUAUGCCAUUUGGACAUGUAACUGUCAGCACGGGAUCUGCGCCUUGCAAAAAAUGAAGCUGGCGGCGGGACUGUGGGGCUGGCUGAGCCUCCUGGCGGCGGCGGGGACCGUCCGGCCCGGCGCUUCUCAGUCAGUGUGUGCAGGAACGGAGAAUAAACUGAGCUCUCUCUCGGACCUGGAGCAGCAGUACCGCGCCUUACGGAAAUACUAUGAGAACUGUGAGGUCGUCAUGGGCAACCUGGAGAUUACCAGCAUAGAGCACAACCGGGAUCUCUCCUUCCUGCGGUCCAUCCGAGAAGUCACAGGCUAUGUACUAGUGGCUCUUAACCAGUUUCGUUACCUGCCUUUGGAGAACUUACGGAUUAUUCGUGGGACAAAACUUUAUGAAGACAGAUAUGCCUUGGCGAUAUUUCUCAACUAUAGAAAAGAUGGAAACUUUGGACUUCAGGAACUUGGACUAAAGAACUUGACAGAAAUUCUAAAUGGUGGCGUCUACGUGGACCAGAACAAGUUCCUUUGCUACGCAGACACUAUUCACUGGCAAGAUAUUGUUCGGAAUCCGUGGCCUUCCAACUUGACUCUGGUAUCCACAAAUGGAAGCUCUGGAUGUGGACGCUGCCAUAAGUCCUGCACAGGCCGAUGCUGGGGACCUACGGAAAAUCACUGCCAGACUUUGACAAGGACCGUGUGCGCAGAGCAGUGUGAUGGGAGAUGCUAUGGUCCCUAUGUGAGCGACUGUUGCCAUCGGGAAUGCGCUGGAGGCUGCUCCGGACCGAAGGACACGGACUGCUUUGCCUGCAUGAAUUUCAAUGACAGUGGAGCUUGUGUGACUCAGUGUCCCCAGACCUUUGUCUAUAACCCAACCACCUUUCAGCUGGAGCACAACUUCAAUGCCAAGUACACAUACGGAGCAUUCUGUGUCAAGAAAUGUCCACAUAACUUUGUGGUAGAUUCCAGCUCUUGUGUGCGUGCCUGCCCUAGUUCCAAGAUGGAAGUAGAAGAAAAUGGGAUUAAAAAGUGUAAACCUUGUACUGAUAUCUGCCCAAAAGCUUGCGAUGGCAUUGGCACGGGUUCACUGAUGUCAGCUCAGACUGUGGAUUCCAGUAACAUUGACAAAUUCAUCAACUGCACGAAGAUCAAUGGGAAUCUGAUUUUCCUUGUCACUGGUAUUCAUGGGGACCCAUACAAUGCAAUUGAAGCUAUUGACCCAGAGAAACUGAAUGUGUUUCGGACAGUCAGAGAGAUAACAGGUUUCCUGAACAUACAAUCAUGGCCUCCAAACAUGACAGACUUCAGUGUUUUCUCUAACCUGGUGACCAUUGGUGGCCGAGUACUCUACAGUGGCCUCUCCUUGCUGAUCCUCAAGCAACAAGGUAUCACCUCGCUGCAGUUUCAGUCCUUGAAGGAAAUCAGUGCAGGAAACAUCUACAUCACAGACAACAGCAACCUGUGCUAUUAUCACACCAUUAAUUGGACCACGCUCUUCAGCACCAUCAACCAAAGGAUAGUGAUUCGGGAUAAUAGAAAAGCAGAGAACUGUACUGCAGAAGGAAUGGUGUGUAACCACCUGUGUUCUAGCGAUGGCUGUUGGGGACCUGGGCCGGACCAGUGCCUGUCCUGCCGCCGCUUCAGCAGAGGACGGAUCUGCAUAGAGUCUUGCAACCUGUAUGACGGUGAGUUUCGGGAGUUCGAGAAUGGCUCUAUCUGCGUGGAGUGUGACUCCCAGUGUGAGAAGAUGGAAGAGGGGCUCCUCACGUGCCAUGGGCCGGGACCUGACAACUGCACAAAGUGCUCUCAUUUUAAGGACGGCCCAAACUGUGUGGAAAAGUGUCCAGAUGGUUUACAGGGGGCGAACAGUUUCAUCUUCAAGUAUGCAGACCAGGACCGGGAGUGCCGUCCCUGCCACCCCAACUGCACCCAAGGGUGUAACGGUCCCACUAUUCAUGACUGCAUUUACUACCCAUGGACGGGUCAUUCCACUUUACCACAACAUGCUAGAACUCCCCUAAUUGCUGCUGGAGUCAUUGGUGGGCUCUUCAUCUUGGUCAUAGUAGGUCUGACAUUUGCAGUUUAUGUCAGGAGAAAGAGCAUCAAAAAGAAAAGGGCCUUAAGAAGAUUCCUAGAAACAGAGUUGGUAGAGCCUUUAACUCCUAGUGGUACAGCACCCAAUCAAGCUCAACUUCGUAUUUUGAAAGAAACUGAACUAAAGAGGAUAAAAGUUCUUGGCUCAGGUGCUUUUGGAACUGUUUAUAAAGGUAUUUGGGUUCCUGAAGGAGAAACAGUGAAGAUUCCUGUGGCUAUUAAGAUCCUCAAUGAGACGACUGGUCCCAAGGCCAAUGUUGAGUUCAUGGAUGAAGCUCUGAUCAUGGCAAGUAUGGAUCAUCCACAUCUGGUUCGCUUACUGGGUGUGUGCCUGAGCCCAACCAUCCAGCUGGUUACGCAGCUUAUGCCCCAUGGCUGCCUGCUGGAUUAUGUACAUGAACACAAGGACAACAUUGGAUCGCAGCUGCUGCUGAAUUGGUGUGUACAGAUAGCUAAGGGAAUGAUGUACCUGGAAGAGAGACGGCUUGUUCAUCGGGAUUUGGCAGCCCGAAAUGUCUUAGUGAAAUCUCCAAACCAUGUGAAAAUCACGGACUUUGGACUUGCCAGACUCUUGGAAGGAGAUGAAAAAGAGUACAAUGCUGAUGGAGGGAAGAUGCCCAUUAAGUGGAUGGCUCUGGAGUGUAUACAUUAUAGGAAAUUCACUCAUCAGAGUGACGUCUGGAGCUAUGGAGUCACUAUAUGGGAACUGAUGACCUUUGGGGGAAAACCCUAUGAUGGAAUUCCAACCCGAGAAAUCCCUGACUUAUUAGAGAAAGGAGAGCGUUUGCCGCAGCCUCCCAUCUGCACUAUUGAUGUUUACAUGGUCAUGGUCAAGUGUUGGAUGAUUGAUGCAGACAGUAGACCUAAAUUCAAGGAACUGGCUGCCGAAUUCUCAAGGAUGGCUCGAGACCCUCAAAGAUAUCUAGUUAUUCAGGGUGACGAUCGUAUGAAGCUUCCCAGUCCAAAUGACAGCAAGUUCUUCCAGAAUCUCUUGGAUGAAGAGGAUUUGGAAGAUAUGAUGGAUGCCGAGGAGUACCUGGUCCCCCAGGCAUUCAACAUCCCUCCCCCCAUCUACACUUCCAGGGCAAGAAUUGACUCAAACAGGAGUGAAAUUGGACACAGCCCUCCUCCUGCCUACACCCCCAUGUCAGGAAACCAGUUUGUUUACCGAGAUGGAGGGUUCUCCGCAGAACAAGGCAUGCCCGUGCCGUACAGAGCCACGACCAGCACCAUCCCAGAAGCGCCAGGUGCUCAAGGGGCAGCUGCUGAGAUUUUUGAUGACUCCUGCUGUAACGGCACCUUACGCAAACCAGCGGCACCCCACACCCAAGAGGACAGCAGCACCCAGCGGUACAGCGCUGAUCCCACAGUGUUUGCCCCUGAACGGAGCCCCAGAGCAGAGCUGGAUGAAGAAGGCUACAUGACUCCUAUGCGAGACAAACCCAAACAAGAAUACCUGAAUCCUGUGGAGGAAAACCCUUUUGUUUCUCGGAGAAAAAAUGGAGACCUUCAAGCUUUGGAUAAUCCUGAGUACCACAAUGCUUCCAAUGGUCCACCCAAGGCAGAGGAUGAGUAUGUGAAUGAGCCACUGUACCUCAACACCUUUGCCAACACCUUGGGGAAUGCCGAGUAUCUGAAGAACAGUGUACUGUCUGUGCCAGAGAAGGCCAAAAAAGCGUUUGACAACCCUGACUACUGGAACCACAGCCUGCCACCUCGGAGCACCCUCCAGCACCCAGACUACCUGCAGGAGUACAGCACAAAAUAUUUUUAUAAACAGAAUGGACGGAUCCGGCCUAUAGUGGCAGAGAAUCCUGAAUACCUCUCUGAGUUCUCACUGAAGCCAGGCACUGUGCUGCCUCCUCCACCCUACAGACACCGGAAUACUGUGGUGUAAGCUCAGCAGUAGUUUGAAGGUGGAGAGACACACCCGCUCCAUUUCCCCACCCCCUCUUUUUCUCUGGUGAUCUUCUUUCUGCCCCCAAGGCCAGUAGUUUUGACACUUCCCCAUGGAAGACAUAGAGAUGCAAUGAUAAUUAUGUGCUUAUCUAACUUGAACAUCAGAAGGAAUGACAGAAAGAGAAAGACAUGAGGAACCACACUGUUUCUUCUGUUCUCUACAUGGGUUGCUCAGGAGAGGGUUACAGCCAGAGAAAGAUCAAAAAAUAUCAGAUAAUACUGCCUACUGUCAAACUGGUUUGCAGCCAACUAAUCUACCUUCCUUCCUUCUUCUCUCCCUCCCUUCCUUCUUCCUUCCUUCCUUGCUUCCUCUUUUCUCCUUCUCUUGCUUCCUUCCUUCACUUACUUUUAAGUACAGAUGGAUGAAAUACUCAUGCUGUCUGUUCCUAUCUACAGUAAUCGAUGUGUGCAUAUUCAGUGUCCCUGGAAAUCUUGUUUCCAUUAGAACAAAAAAAAUAGCCAUUUCAAUAAGAUGAUAGCGACUGAGACUGAGAAUCCCAUUUCUUUCUCCUACAUUUUUUAUCCUGGCAAGUAAAAAUGGCCAACCCAGCUUUUACUAUUUUCAAAUCUCCAUCAAAUUUAUAUCUAGUCAUUAUGUUUAGAAGGCUUUGUGCUUCAAAACAAAUCUUUUUAUUUGCUCUGGCUUAUUCUUUUAUAUUAGUUUUUCCUCUAUUUUGGGUUUUAUUUCUAAUUGUGAAGAUAUGUGCAUCAAAGCUUCUUGACACAGUUUAAACAAAAAAUUUAAUAAAAUGAAAAAGCCACUAUUUUAAAAACAGUCUUAAAAAUUUGAGGGAAAGGCCAAGAUGCUAGUCAAAUGCAGCAUCAACUUUAGCUUUCAUGUUCACACUGUUGCAUACAUGUCCCCCCACCCUUUAUAUUCUUUAACAUUUUCUUCUCCUCCUUAAAUGACAGUACUUGAUUGGCAGUUGGUAAUUUUAAGAGUAGAAGAGAAGCUAAGGGGCAAUCCUGUGUGGUUUAAGAAAACUACUGACACAUUCGGGGUGGUCAAAUGGGGAAAUCCACAAACUGGAAGAAACACACUGGAUUGGGUAUGUCUACCUACCAGGCAUUCAGAAAUGUAGUUUGCACUUAAGCUAUAAUUUUAUUUCUUCUUUUUCUGGACACCAUUUUGGAUUUUGAAUGAAGCAAUAUGGAAGCAACCAGCAAAUUAAUUAAGUACAUUUUUUGAAGGAUAAGAUAAAGACAGACUGUGAAAAUGCCAACCCAAUUAGGACUUUGGAACAGUAUCCAGGGAUUAUGGUGAGAGAGCCAGCACAUUAUCUACACAUAAGAUCACAUUUGCUACAUAAAGAAAUUUGUUCAGUUUAUAUGCUUCAUAUGAAGGAAUGCAAGUUAAGGAUUGGCUUGAAAUCUAUGGAAUUUCUAAUAUGAGACUUUAUUUAUAUUGAGUAGAAGGUAACUCUUCCCACAUAAAUUGGUAUAAUAAAUUUAAAAACAGACAUUCACAGUUUAUGGGUAAGACCUUGGGUCAAAAUUUAUAAAUAAAUAUGAAAAAUCAUCUCAUGCAAUAAUUUGAUUACCCAAAAAUAUUAAUCUUUUGAUACUUUACAUCAUAAUUCUUUUUCUUCAUAUACUGCAUCUGAGGUCUAGAACCAUCUUUAUUUGGUUUUCAAGAGUACCUACUCAGUUAAGAUGAGUGAUAAGAACUGAGACUCCAGGAAAACAAAACCUUAUGUUAGUAAUUAAGAAAAUAUCUCUCAUUUCCACAAAAUUCUGCUUCGAGUCAUUUAAAUUUUUAAAAGUUAUUUCUUUCUGGUGUUAACACAUUUGGAGCAAAUAAGUAACAACAACCUCAAGGGAACCAAUUAUAAUAAAAAUCUCUAUUACUUAUUUGGAGAGAGCUUAAAGGGAAUAAAUACAAAGAAAUCUAUAUUUUGACCUAUUUUGAAAAUCAUAAAUCUGUCCACCAACCCAAACCUGAGUGAUCCAACUGAUAUUUACUUAGAAUCUACUACAAGCACUGUGUUAAAGAAGGGGUAGCCAAAUGAGUAGAAUAUUAUCCCUUACUACAAAAUUUUAUAGUCUAGGAGGCUUAUAUAAAAUGACAUUGUAAUUUCUCUGUGAGUUCAAGGAAUUAGAUUAUAUGGACCACUUCUUGAGUAACUUUACAAAUUCAGGUUUUUAGUAAAGCAUAUCCUGUAAACUCAUUUGGGAAAUGAUUUAAACAUCGUUCAAACAACUGAAGUGGACAAACUGAAUUGUUGCAAUGUUUCCAUUCAAGCACAAACAAUUCGACCAGGGCAUUGCACCACUGGCUAAUUUACCCACCUAGGUAGCAACUUUACCUUUAACUUGACAGCCUAUGAUGACCCUUGGAGGUGUUGGUAUUGGUCUCUUCUUAUGCUAGGAGACGUGCAGCAAGCUGAAAGAAUGAGUUGAAGGAGGAGAGGAGUUUGUGAGAUCCCUUAUGUUCAAGUUCAGUCACUAACUUCCCGGGGAUAAAGACUUAGAAUGACUCAGGGGCCACCAUCUAAUAGCCGACAGCUCUCUCACUCAUUUGGAGCAGUCUCAAGGAAAAGGAGACCUUAUAUCUGCACUUAUGAAGAAUUGAACAUCAGCCUCUCGUUCUAGACUACAUUAAUCUGCCUCAAGCUUUCAAUGACAUUUGUUUGGAUACUAUAACUUGACUUUGUCUCUACAUUGAUAAUAAUCAUAUGGUUUCUACUGACAUUAGAAAGCAAAGUUACUUAACUUGGUAAAGGAAAAAGAUAUUAUUUUAACUGUUAAUGUAAUAGACAUCUAUUUAAUGAAUAUAGUCUGUUUCCUCUAAAACCAAAACAUCUACAUUGGGUAAUCUUCCUCUAAAACCUACGGAUUGAUGCAAAUAUAACUUAAAAUCCCCCAAAAUGCUUCUCAGCAGUACCACUUUGUCAUUCAUUUUGAAUUAUUUCUAUAAUAUAUAUUUGAUUUCAGUUGUUUGGAAUUUUCUUCUUUGUUUUACUUUUAUGCCCAGAAAUAUACUUGAGAGUGCAUAAGAGAAAGAAAAAUAAAUAUUUUCCUUUGCUCUAGACAAUAAUUUAUUUAUCCAGACAACUAAGAUUUAAAAAUACCAGUUGAAGUUUGCACAGUGCACUGCAAUAUCACAACACAGACAUCCAUGAUAUCGAUGGAAAUAUGUAGAAUCAAGUAUGUAAACUUGAGAAGCAUAAGCUCUUGGCUUUUUGAAUAGUAUUAGCAGUACGGGUUAGGAAAAGAGUCUUUCUCCAGAAACGUUCUUGAAAUAGCAUGAAAAAUAAUGCAUAAUUUAAACUCCCUUAGAAUGCAUUAACUAAAAAUAAGAUUUUCUUCAGGAAUCAGGAAAAAAGACUAACUACAACUUGUAGAAAGAAAUAGUGUUUUUCCGCGUGUUAUGAUUAAUACGUGUGCCAAUUCCUUCUGAAGGAAGGACAUGGUACGAGGAUUGCACAUAUUUCUGGUACUAAGGAAAGAGAGUCAAAACACUGUAAGGCUGAGCUGCUAGAUGCUAAGUUGGAGGGACAGAUCAGUGUGCUUCCUGAAGUGUCAAAUAGGAAAAGAAAAUUUAAAUAGUUUCAACCGGACAGGGAAGGAUGUAAAUACAAGGGGUGUUUUUUUAGAGCUAGCUAACCUUUCUUUAAAAACUUGAAUUAUUCAUCCAUCUGUGUUGAUUAUUUAAAUAGUAUAUGUAGCCCAUAAGGUAAUGGAAAAGGUGAUUAUGAAAGCAUGUAUAUAAGUGGACAGAACCAUGAUAAUGUUGUAAGAUGUAGAUUUAGUUAGGUUAUCGGGUGUUAAAUGAUUUUAAUAUUAUUAAAUAAAUCAAGUUAGGAAACUAACCAUAAAGUAUAUGUAACAAAAUAAAAUUCAAGCUAUGAAAAUGUAGGUUGGAUUUUGCCUAGUUGAAAAAGACAUAUAUAUAUUUAAGUUUGCCAUUUAAAAUUGUUAUUUGCUCGGUUUAGCUGAGCGUAGGCAUAUGUAGCUUCAAUUGUGAAAACUUGCUUUAAAGCUCCACAGUUAAAAUUUUUCUUAUCCUCUUAUUCCUUUAUCAUUUUCUAAAUGUAUUAAGUGCAAGGAGAAUUUUCUUCUAUAUUUUAGUUUGUUUUGUAAAUACCAUCUUGUAGCUUUUAACAGGCAAAUAUGUUACAUGUAACAUUAAAUAAGAGGUCUUAAAAACAAAGCAAAGGAAAUGAAAUAGUUCUAUUACCUUAUGCAGAGACAAAAACACAACAAGUGGCAUUAUUUAGAAAGCAAACAAAAUAUAUUUAAUUUGUGACUUAUCAUUUCUUUUCCCAUCAUACUCUGUUGCCUCGAAAACCAACAAAGAAUUCGUUAAAAUUUUUCUGAUAAAUAUAUGCUAAAUUGAGCAUUCUUUCAGACUUUAGUUUUUAGACUGAUGAUAUGCCAUGGGACAUGUGAGAAUAUCAGGUGGAUAAACUUCUACUUGUUAAAAAACCAGAGAAGCCACGCUGUACAGUAUAGAUUGCUAACAGAAAAUCCUAGUGGGUCUCUGCAUAUGUGGACAAUGUUGUAGCACAGCCUUGUUCCCAGGUAGACACAGAAGGGCAGACUAUGUCUCCUACUUACCAUUUGCUUAAAAAUAAAUAACAUUAUACAGAUAUAGGUAUGAUAAUUUUAAAAGAUCACUAUCAGUGGACACCUAUUUCUCACUAAUAUUACAACAGGUCCAGGUUUUAUACUUCCAAAUAGAAUUAACACAAAUUUUCUCAACCCAGAGAUGCCUUUGCAAAAACAGUUCUCCUUAUUAUCACGAACGUGCAACUCUUGCAAGCAUCACAUUUGACCAGGAGCCUUCGUGUUUACUUGGAUAGAUCUAACACCAUGGGCUUCUUUCUUUUCAUUUAAAUAAAGUACUCUAAAACAGUAGAAAUUCCAAACAUUCUUUUCAAUAACCACUGACUUUGUAGAGGGGCAAAAAUGUAGAAUGUGUCACUCUUGCAGACCCCUGCCUCAUUCCGCUCCCAGCAAAGUGAUACUUUGGGCAGAAGGAAUAGCUUCUAGAAUCUCAUGGUGAAAAGACGGUAAGCCCCAAUUUCAUGGGGUUUUGAACUGCCUCCUGUGGAAAACACUCACCUUUCCAAGUAAGAGAUACUUUGUUAAGAAUCACAGAAAACUUUAUUUUCCCUGAAAUUUAGAGGAAAAUAGCAACCUUGCUUUUUUCUCGUUGGCACAAUGUUCCCCAGGCUUUUCAUUUUCUACCACCAUAGUUCAAAGUGGCUCUCCUGGCAUCAUCUCUCUCUUAAGCCAUAGUGGAUCUCUGUGGUCCCACACUCUGCUCUGUGAAAUACUGAUUUGGAUUUUGCCCUCGAACGUCUAAUUUUUCCAUAAAAGAGCCUAUCAAUUUGGAUAUUGUUUAAGUAACUUCUCAGAGAAACUGCUGUGCAGAGAACACAUCUGUGUGUUAAAGUUCAGUCGCCAUGAAGAUCGAUUCUCUUAUACGUCCUCCGCUAUAGGAAUUUGAGAUGAGGGAGCCCCGUGAUGACUCUUGAAGCUCGUGUGUGUGCAUAUGUUCUUCUAGGUCUUGGAUUUAGUCUUUCCUUACAAACUAUGUCCAUAACUAAGGAGUUAGUUUUUGCCUGCAAAUUAACUUAUUUACUUUAUUCAUUUUAUGUAAUUCCUCAGUGCAAAUAUUUUAUAGCUGCUGUAUUUUAUUUUCUGAAUGAGGAGUCUUAUCAUAGCAGUAAAGGCUAUUCAGCUUUGAGAACCUCCUGCAAUUUUUUUAUGGAUUAUACAUCCAUCUAACAAACAUAUAAUGAGUGAAGUUUCACCUUAAUGCAAAUAUAUGUUAUCUAAUAGAAUACCAUCCUUUCUCUCCUUGAGCUCUUCAAGGAUGUUUUUCUUUUUAAUACUCCAGGGAGUUUCCCCCAUAUCAUGAGAGUGUUAUAUUUGUACAAAUAUACAAAUAUAGAAAAACAAAGCUUCAUAACUGCAGGCAAUAGUCUAACUUGUCUAAAGCACUUUGCCUUUACUGCUAUUUUUACCCCUGAUGUAUAGAAGUUUCCCCCAGGUCUGUAGCCCUUUUGAAGGAAAAUAAACCAUACCACCUAGAUAUUGACAUAAAUAUGAUUUUCAAACAUCAUUUCCAGAUAUUUCAGUUCAUGGAGGGGUUGUACCUUUUCCCUUAAUGUGACAGUUAUUUUUCCUGUAUAUUUCUGGAUCUCUCAGGGGCUGGGAGGGGGAGUGAGGGGACUACAACCAUAGCACUCCAAGAACCCGUUAGGAAUUACUCCCGUAAUCAAACUACAAAAGUUAUUUUCUAAAUGUAGAUAUGUAAGCUGUUGUUUUAAAGUAAGGUACUUUGAAAUAUGUAGCAUAAACUGGUACUGCUGUUAAAUGGGUCGAUUAUUAAACUGAGCAGCUGUGUGAGGGCAGCUAACUUUGAAUGCACAUCUCACUGGCCAGGGUGUCUCCAUCUCGUAUCGUGAGCAACAGGGAUUGCACUGCUGCAUGUUGAAACUGCAUUCUCACAUGCUUUGACUAGUGCUUCAUACCUUUCUUGAGCAUCAUUAUAAGAAAAUCAAUGUGCAAGACAAAUCACAGCACAAGUAAAACAUGUCACAUGAAAUCUUCCCUCAAACAAUCAUCUCAUGCAUGCAACAAAGCAGUUGACUAAGAUCUGCUUAGGUGACAAAGGGAGAAACUUUACCCAAAAAGCAGAGCUGUGUUCACUUCCUUAUGUUCUUACCUUGUAAACAGAAAACAAGCCUCUCUCUCGUGAAGUAUCUUCAAAGGAUAGGGGUGCAAAAAUAACUUGCUGGUAAGCCAUCAAUGUUUCAUUUAAGUCCCAGCAUUCAAAGUUAGCUGCCUUUUUGAAAUAUACAAACAAAAAUACUACUGUAUGUUUGAAAAUGUGAAUAGUAUUUUUAUAGCUCGUUAAAGACAUGGCUAGUUGCAUUUGUAAAUAAGGAUAAUGUUGCUUUGAUUUUCUUUCGUGGACAUCUUUAUUUGGAAUAUAAUUGUCUCUAGGGUUGAUUUGUAUAUAAGUAAUUGGCUUGUGAUUGUUUCUUUUUGGUUGGAAGUUAUCAUUUUGACAUUACUUGUGAUUCUGUGUUUAGCACUAUUGUGAUGUGUCCAACCUCUGCACUCGCUUACACAAUAGGAUAUGCCAAUUGUGUGUGGUGUAAUGUUAUUUUAUUUUUUUCUAUUUUAUCUAUGAAGGAUUAUGCACUUAACACAUACUAACUUUUUUAAUGUUAGGUAUAUUUUUAGUAUAAUUUCCCUUAUUCAUUUUUCUCCAACCCUUCACCCCAUUCUCUUUCCUACCCCCAGUUUCUGUGUUAUUUGAGAAUGAGGGAGAAACAGUAUUUUAAAUUUACAUAAUUAGGCUCUUUGGUUAAUUCUCAAGGAUCCUGUUUUGGCUCUUGGGAAAGAAUUGUACCUGUACAAGGCAAUUAUAGAAUGCGAACUGCUUUGCCUCAUUCCAUACUGAUCAUCCCAGCUGAACAAUUUGAAAACUGUUCUGCCUUUUUGUUACAUGAAUCUGUCAGAAAUAUAUUUUUAAUUUAAUAUAAAUGAAAUUCAAUAAAAUAUGAAACAGA